AUGGCCAAAGUAGCUCGUAAACUACCUCAUAAGGCCAGUAUCCAUCUCACUCAUAUCUACAACGCAAUCCUAAGACUAUCCAACUUCCCCACUCAAUGGAAAUUUUCUGUCAUAAUUUUGUUCCCUAAACCUAAUAAACCUACAGGCAACCCUGCUUCCUACUUCCCAAUAAGCCUACUCCCUCUCGUCUCUAAACUCUUAGAAAAAUUAAUACUGAAACGUAUCUAUCCAAUCAUCGUAGAAAAUAACAUAAUUCCGAACUCUCAAUUUGGAUUCCGAGAAAAACAUUCGACUAUACACCAAAUACACAGACUUGCUGAUGCCAUUUCAUGCUCGCCAGAAAAUAAACAAUACACUUCCGCCGUAUUCCUAGAUGUCUCACAAGCAUUUUACAAAGUCUGGCAUCCUGGACUCUUAUAUAAACUUAAAAAAAUCUUACCUCCUUCAUUCUACCUUCUCCUAAAUUCUUACUUAAAAGAACCCUUUUUUGCUGUUAGCUCGGGAGCUGAAAUCUAUAACAUCUCUCCAAUUCUAGCUGGCGUAUCACAAGGUGUAGUCUUAUCCCCCACAUUGUACAAUAUACACACCGCAGACCAGCCCAUUCAUCCCGAUACUUCAGUUGCCGAAUAUGCUGACGACAAAGUUAUCUACUCCACGCACAUCGAUCCUUUAUUAACAGUUUCGACAUCACUACAGAAUCAUCUUGAUCUAUUUUCUCUCUGGUACUCCCAAUGGCGCAUUAAAAUAAACGAAACAAAAUCAAUAAAUACCACUUUGACCCUCACUGGGUCAAAGUGGGUACAGUGAGGGUCUACAAUGAGUAAUUCUAUUACAGAAAGCAGAAACACACCCCGUAUAUUUUCAAACAUGUUCUCAGAAAUAAUUGAACUAGGAACUGCCAGAUGUAAAGAAAUCCAUCAACAUAGAGUAUACUACACACCUCUAGGAAAUAUAAUAUCCGGACUUAAAAUCAACCAAACAAUUUUAGUAUCUCACACUAGUUGUGGUGCUCUCGAUAGAGAAGGAAACUGUGUAGGUACCACUUUUACCAACCCAAAAGGAACUUGGCAUAAAGUCAUUAUUCAAGCCAAAUACUCCAUACAACUCGCAGAAGAAAUAGCAACAGCCAACAAUAAAGAAAACAUUUUAAUUCUACCAUCGGGAUCCAAAUUAAAAUUAUCUGACUCAUAUGGAUUAGACCAAUACAAAGGGGAAAUAGUAUGGCAGAUCGAACAUCAAGAAUGCAGCAUACGCGAAUUCGAUGUUCUAUAUGACGGAGAAGCGUCAUUAGUAAAAGCAACCACUUAUAAUUCAAACACGGAAUCGUUCAUAGUAGAAACAAACCAUACUGCCAUCUCCCUAAAAAAAUUAUCAUUAAGUUAUGCCUGCAACAUUCCGGUAUAUAAAACAGACAACCCUCAACUAUUAAUAAUAGCUGACCAAAAUUACGCAGAUAGCUUUACACCAAAACAGAUCACACCUUUCAGCGCAGAUUUAUUGUCUUAUCUGAAUACUAAAUUUGUAUACCUCGAAUUCACUGUUAAAAGAACAACAACCAAGUUAUUAAUAAUUAAUACUACAAUUUAA